CCGCGGCUCCGUGCGCAUGCGCAGGGCGGUUGCCGCCCGCCUCAGGGCAGCAGAGACGCGGCCGCUGCCAGCGGGCAGGCCCGGCGCGGUUCGGUUCGGUUCCGUGCGGUUCGGUUCGGCUGGGCCCGGUUCGACGGAGCCGGGAAGAUAAGCGGCAGGGAGCUCGAGAGAAAAGCGGUUGGGAGCGGCGAGGCUCGGCGCUGCCCGGCGGAGCUUUGUGUUAUUCUUGGAAAGUUUCGCACCACUUGUGAAUUCCUUGAACCUUGGCAUUGCGAGCCCAUUUCUGUUGGGCCCUCCUCCUUUACAGCUUGCACAAAUUAAGACCCAGUUGGCUCUUCAGCAGUUGACCUCCCUUGUCACCAGCAGUUCCGCACCUCCUAAUGCUUGGUUCAACCAGGCAUUGCUGAAAAGCACCAUGUUUAGCCCCAGAGGAACUUUACCUCAGAGGCCGAGAGGACCUAAUCCAUCAGGCACAAAGCCUCCGGGAUCCUUUCCGGGAGGAGGUGCGGGAGGUCUCCAGAGAAAACCUGCCUCUGGAACGCCUCAGGGAGCACCGCCACGGUUUUCGGGACAGGACACCUUUCAGUGGACGGGUUCACAGAGGAUAAACGUGCGGGUAACUCUGCACAGGGCCGACCCCAGGCAGGUAAAGGAGAAGACAAACCACCACCAGGAGCAGAAGGGAGAGCCUCGCCCCAGCUGCUGGGAUGGAAACCCCCGCCCGGCCGUGACCAGCGGACAGAAGCCACCGGCGCCGGCACGGGGCUCGGAGCAGAACCCCCCCUCCCAGAACCGCUACACGCCAGAGAGCGCCUCCAGCAUCCUCGCCAGCUUUGGGCUGUCCAAUGAAGACCUGGAGGAGCUGAGUCGCUACCCAGAUGAACAGUUAACACCCGAGAACAUGCCCCUCAUCCUGAGGGAAAUCCGGAUGCGGAAGAUGGGCCAUUCCUCGGCUCGCCCGCACGCUGCCGGCCGGGCAGAGGAGGCGCUGGGCAGCGGGGCGAGCGGCGCAGGGGUCAAGAGCAAAGUGAUCGAUUACGGGCACGCCAGCAAGUAUGGCUACACUGAGGAUCCCCUGGAAGUGCACGGGUACAGCCCCAAGGUGCUGCCUGCAGAGCCUCUGGAAGCACGCGGCUACAAUCCCGAAGCCCCCGGCGGGGAGAAGAGGGAAGACUUCCAACGGGAGCAGAACGUGUCCAUCGCCGUCCCGUCCUCCACCCAGUGCAACCCAGUGUUCCCAGUUGAAGAGCUAAUAAAGCCGACGGGGUUCCAGAACGAUUCCUCAAGUACUCCGCCCUUUUUUCCGGCUGAGGCCCCGGGCAAGGUGUCUGGGUUGUGUGUGGCCCCCGCUGGACUCACCGUGGUCACCUCCAUCGCCCAGCCCGCGGUCCCGCCGGUGAUGCCACCCCCGAUGGUGCCCCCGGUCUCCCAGCCCGCAGUGCUGCCGGUGAUGCCACCCCCGAUGGUGCCCCCGGUCUCCCAGCCCGCGGUCCCGCCGGUCAUGCCACCUAUGAUGCCACCCGUGUCCCAGCCUGCCAUGCCACCCGUGAUGCCACCCGUGUUGCCUCCCGUGUCUCAGCCCGCGGUCCCGCCCGUCAUGCCGCCGAUGAUGCCACCGAUGAUCACCCCUCUGGCACCCAUGCUGGCCCCUGUCAUGCUGACUUUUGUCCAGCAGUCGAUGACCCAGCACGUGAUGCCGCCGAUAACCCAGCCACCUUUCACACCUGAGCUCCUGGUCAGCGUGAGCCAGCACGAAAGGCUCCAGCAGGAGGCUGGGAGCAGCCAGCCCACCCCCCCCAGCGCCCCGGCCCCAGGACAGAAGCCCUUCCAGCCAAAGGCUGAGGGGCCCAUUAAAUCUCCUUUUGGGAUUGUGAAAGCGUCGUGGCUUCCUGCCUUCCUCCAGCCUGAUUCCCAGAAGACAAAACGAUUACCCACUCCCUCAAUGAUGAAUGACUACUAUGCCACAUCUCCAAGAAUAUUCCCACAUAUGUGUUCUCUGUGUAACAUUGAAUGCACUCAUAUGAAGGACUGGAUUCUGCACCAGAACACCUCCUCUCACAUUGAAAGCUGCCGCCAGCUACGGCAACAGUACCCUGACUGGAACCCUGAGACUCAUUCCUCCAAGAGAAAUGCUGCAGACAGGAAGGAGAACCAGACCCCCAAGCGUCGCUCCAGCUCUGCCAGCCCCAGCCCCAGGAGAUCCAGGUUCUCCAGCUACGGCCCCCGGCGCUCACGGUCCAGGUCCAGGAGCCCGGGGAGGUUCCGGCCCAGACCCAGGAGCAGGAGCCCACGGCCCGUGCGACGCCUCAGCCUCAGGCACAGGUCCAGGUCACCCCAGAGAUCCAGAAACCCCCUGAGAUCCAACCCCAGACCUCAGAGGUCUUCCAGUCACGACUGGUCAUCCAGGAGGCCGUCCCGAUCCCAAGACAGAAAGUCAGCUCUGGAGGCAGUAGUGAAGAGCCUGGGGCCUGGCUUUGUGGCAGAGUUCAACAAACACAGAUCAGCUGGGCAGGGCUCCUCGGGCUCAGGGAGAUCCUCACCCUCCCACGGAUCCUCAGGGAAGAAGCCUGGGAGCACCAAGAAGCCCCUGAAAACAAGUGGUUCUGUCAAGGCUUCCAAGAAAGAGGGGUCAGGUUCUUCAUCUCCUGAAACUGAUGAUUCAUCCCAAAAUAAAGAAGCAGAAGAGAAUGAAGAAGACCCCACAGGAACCAGUGGGCCUCGUCCUGCUCCUUACAAUAGGCUGUUGAGAAAGGAGCUGCUCUCCUGUGGGACAGUGCUUCAGAUAUCUGACCUACCAGAUGAUGGCUUUUCAGAUCAAGAUAUCAAAAAGAUUGUUCAGCCAUUUGGCAAAGUUAGUGAUUUCCUUGUACUGCGCUCCAAAAACAUGGCCUUCUUGGAGAUGAACUACAAAGAAGCUGUGAUAGCAGCUGUGAAAUAUGGGAAAACAACACCCGUGCUGAUCAAUGGCAAACGGGUGAAAAUCAGUGUGGCAGAGAAACCAAAACCAGCUCCUGCCCAGGCCAAAACGAGCAUCAAAAAAAAGACUCCAACUAUUAAAAAAGUUGCACCAAGUACAAAAAAAGACAAGAAAACCACCACCACCAAGACAGCCAAAUCCAUUGCAGGUAAAAAAGAAAAGAUUAAGAAAUUGAUCAAGACAGGAGUUAGUAAAGUCAAGAAAACUUCAGAUACUGCAGCAGCAAAAUCUGUAGAUGCAGAACUUCAGAUCUCAGCAGAAACUGAGAUGGACAUGGAGGGAACCAAGGUGUCAGACCCAAAGAGUGUGGCAGAAGGGGACAGUGCUCCUGAGCCUGGGAAGACAGAGGAGACUGAGCCCCAGGGAGUGACCAGUCCCACACCUCUGCCAGAGAAACUUGGAGAGGUGCCUGAGGCUGCAGCGUGUGAUGUGGAUGAGUGUAAAGAACCCUUCACUGAGCAAGAAGCUCCAGUAGCAACUCUGAAGAGUGAAGAGCCCCCAGAACCAGCUAACCAGGAACCUGAUGAUGGGUGUGUGGUGGUUGUUUCCAACUUGCCUGAGAAAGGGUACUCUGUGGAGGAAGUUUCCAACCUAGCAAAGCCAUUUGGAGGCCCAAGGGAUGUGCUGAUUUUAUCAUCUCACAAAAAGGCAUAUAUGGAAAUAAACAGAAAAUCUGCAGAUUCCAUGGUUAAAUUUUACACCUGCUUUCCAAUGUCAGUGGAUGGAAACCAGCUCUGCAUCAGCCUGCUGCCCCAGUAUAAGACAAUAAAAGAUGAAGAAGCAAUCUUUACUGCUAUAAUUAAAGACUCUGACCCUCAGGUCAAUACUGAAACUCUCCAUAACCAGUUUGUGCACCUUGGGAACUUGCCAGCUGAUGGGUACAGAGAGCUGGAAGUGCUUUGUGUGGGGCUGCGUUUUGGGAAAGUGGAUCAUUAUGUGGUACUGAAGAAUAAAAACAAGGCCAUUCUGCAGCUGGACAGCCCCAAGUCUGCCCACUCCAUGUACACCUUCCUGAAGCAAUAUCCCUACACCAUGGGGGAGCACACCUUGACCUGUGGCUUGUCACCCCAUGGAGAGGCUGCUGAGGCAGAACCUGUGGAAAAAGAAGUGAAGCAGGAGGAGCCAGGCCAAGGAAGCUCUGGCUUGAAAAAAUAUCCAGAGGGAUCAGGAGUGGUGCAAAGAGCAGCUGCUAAUCCUCCCGUAGAGCCCAGUGUGGCACAGAGAGGACCCGUUCCCAUCUCUCAUGUCAAGGAUGAGAUGUCAGCAGAGCAGACAGAGCCCUCUGAGCCCCAGCUGGAGAGAGUGGGAAGGGAGUCCCCUGCAGAGACAGCUGUGGAGAAGGUGAACCCUGGAGCAGGAGCUGCUGUGGUGUCCAUCCAAGGCACCCCCCCCAGAGCCUCCCCGGGGAAGUCAGAAGCCAUCCUGCCACCGCCUGCCAGCGGGGAGGGAGAAGAGGCACUCAAGGACCCUGCUGGCCCAGAGCUGCUGGAACCUGCUGCUGUGGCUGCAUCAGAGAAGGAGAUCAAAGAGGAAGAGGAGGAGGAGGAGGAGGUCUCUGCUCCUGCUGUUGAAGCAGCACAAGAGGUGUCUGCAGUGGGCAAGGCUGAAGAGGAGCCCUCAGACUGCGCCGUGAAGCCGGCAGCGGGGGAGCCAACAGGGGCUGUCCCUGAACCCCUGUCCCCUGCUGCUGCUGCUGGGAAGGUGGUGUCACCCGUUGUCACACCAGUGAGCAAGCUGGAGGCUCCUGAACAUCAUCCUGUUCCUGAGGCUGUGAAAACCACACACGAAACGCCUGCGACUCAGAUAGCAGAGAAGAAACCUGUGCUGACAGCUGGGGCAGCCUUGGAGAAGAAACUGGAUGAAGCUGAAGCAGAGCCAGAGGUGAAACCAGAAGAGUCUGCUACACACAAAGCUGGAAGAGCUGCAGAGGAGGACCCUGAAAAGCUUUUGGUCAAGACCGGGGCGGAGGCAGAGAAGAAACUUGAAAAUACUGUGGCCAAGGUUGGAGUUGCUGUGGAAAACACCACGAGUGCUGGCAGUGAGAGCAGCGAGGGAGGUGCCAUCAGCACCCACCAGACUAAAGGCAGAGGAGCAGCAAAGCCUGAUGAGCCCCAGCAAGCAGUGACAUUCAGCUCCUCUUUCUCUGUCAAGGAGUAUUCCUCUCUGAGCAAAACGUUUUUAAAGGCGGUGGUUUCUCUUCAGGAUAUAUCAAAGACAAGGUUUCCACUGAGGAGAAAUGAACCUUCACCCUGCAAAGCAGGGGAGCAGAAGGCUCCUGCCAAGCCUGAGAGCCAAGGCCAAGCAGUGGAGAAGAAGGUGUCACCCAAAGAAGAGGAUCCCCCCCAGCCUGGGGGCAGCCAAGCAAACCCGGGAGAUGGCGGCGGGAAGUGUAAAGUGAGCAGAAGUUCGGUGGUUGGUGGAAAGGGAGGCAAUGGGAGGAAUUCAUCUCUGCAAGAGAAGGAAUCCCGAGUGGAAACUAGGGCUAGUUCAAAACUGUCCCAAGAGGGAGAGAGUAGAUCCUGCAGCAUGAAGACAGAGACCAGCAGCAAUAAGGCUUCUGUUGGUGGCAGUGCUAAAACUUCAAAGAGUGGCAUUAGCAGCAGUGCAAAGCAAAAGGAGGAAGAAGAGCUCUUCCCGUUUAACCUGGAUGAGUUUGUCACCGUGGAUGAGGUGGUGGAAGAAACAGAAUCCCCCGUUAAAACCCGGAGGAACCCCCCCAGGGGCAAGAGGAAAGAUGGUGCCAAACCCAACCCCUCCUCUGAGCCCGGCUCCAAGAGGAGGAAAGGGAAGAGCCCGGGGGCAGCACGGCUGGCUGAGAGCCAGCUCUCCUUUGUCACCUUGGAUGAAGUCGGGGAGGGGGAGGAGGUGACUGCCCAGCUGAUGGCAGUGGCUAACCUGGAAGCUCUCAGUGACCCCCAGGGCCUGGUGGUGGUGGAUGAAGUGAUGGAAGAGGAGGAGCUGCUGGCUGAAGCCGUGAAGGAUCCCCAGUCCCUGGUGACCUUGGAUGAGCUCUCUGAGCAGGAGGAGCUUCGGCCUCCCCGGCACCUCCCCGGGUGUGUCUUUGAGGAGGCAGAUUUGAAAGCUGAGCCCUUGGUAACCGUGGAUGAAAUCGGGGAGGUGGAAGAGCUGCCCCUGAACGAGCCCACGGAGCUGAGCCUGGAGGAGGUGCUGAAGCAGAAGGAGGAUGAGAAGGUGGGUGCUGAGGAUGCUGGAGAUGGGGGCUCCUCUCAGGCACCCGAUGAUCCCAGUGCCUUGGUGACAGUCGAUGAGAUCCAAGAGGACAACGAGGAGAAUCCUCUCCUGACUCUGGAUGAAGUUAAUGAAGAUGAAGAUGAUUUCCUGGCUGACUUCAAUCGCCUGAAAGAGGAGCUGAACUUUGUGACAGUGGAUGAAGUUGGAGAGGAGGAUGAGGAAGAGGAAAACACUUGCCUGGAGAAAAACCUGGAUGAGGAUGAAGGCACUGAAGAUGUUGUUGCCAUUGCAGGACCAGAAGAAGAAGACAUUGGUGGUGUUGCAGGACCAGAGGAGGAGGACAUUGUGGCUGUUGCAGGACCAGAAGAAAUGGAAAUUCUGGGAGAAAUGGGUCCAGAGGAAGAUAUUAUUGCAACCUCAAAGUCAAAAGUGGCUCAGCUGGGAUCAGGAGAUAAAGACCCAGAGGCUAAGAGGAAGAAAACUUCUCCUUCAGAUGCAGCAAAGCCAUUGAGCACCCCAAAAGAUCUGGAUUACCUUGUCCCCAAGGCUGGCUUUUUCUGUCAGAUCUGCUCACUCUUCUACGCAGAUGAGACCUCUGUGAAAAACCACUGCAAGACCCCUCUGCACCAGCAGAACAUGGAGAAGUUCAUGGCCCAGCAGGAGGCUGAGGAGAAGGAAGGGGAAGAGAGGAGUUCGAGGUGAUUGGAGGGAAGAAGAACUUCCUUCAGUGAAGCUAAACCUUAGGGUCCAGUCAAUUUUGUGUAUUUUGUUCUGAGUUACAUUUGUAAUUUUGUUUCAGAAAGAAGCGGUUCCUGUUGUAUAAAUUUUGAGCUCCGUAGAGACAGACUUAAAAAAAAACCACAAAAACCAAACCAAAACCAAACUAGAACAAUGAAACCAUAGAGUGGCUUUGAUUUGUUUAUCAAACCCUCGGGCUGGGGAGAGAUUUCUUUCACAAGUGUUGGUGUGAAAUAAAUGUUCUUACUGUAUAGUUACCUCCA